UAUAAGAAGUUUCUUCCAGGGACAAAUGGGCAUAAUUCAUCUCCAGUUCAUUUGGGAAGUUGUCCAUAUUUUCUUUCAAUAUCGAUCCUACAAAUCUGUAUAGCCUUUCCUUGUAAUUCUACAAAUUCAUAGAAUUUGGUGGAUCCAUCCAUUACCAAAUCCAAGAGAAAAAAAUAAUACGAAAGUGACACAAAUUGAGCAGAGAGUAGUCAAAAGGUCAGUAGAACAACAAGAGAAAGAGGACGGCACGAAUAGCAGAAAAACGAGGAAACUCAAUUUGUAGAAUCGGCUUCUGAAAGACCCAAAUACCAUUUUCGAAGAAAAGAAGGAAAAGGGUAUCCAUUGAUAUUGUUUUUCAAGAAUAAUUCAAUCUGCAGAUCAACUGUUUGAUUUAUUGCUUGACAGAGAAAUAUGAGCAAUAAAGCACCUGUGAAGUUGGAUGAUGAGCAGUUGGCUGAACUGCGAGAAAUUUUCCGAUCAUUUGACAGAAACGAUGAUGGGAGUCUGACCCAACUCGAGCUUGGCGCGCUAUUGAGGUCCCUUGGUUUAAAACCAAGUCCUGAUCAGCUCGAAACGUUGCUACAAAAGGCGGAUAAAAACGACAAUGGCCUUGUUGAAUUCUCAGAGUUUGUAUCACUCGUUGCACCGGAACUUCUUCCAGCGAAGUCCCCUUACACAGAGGAGCAAUUGAAACAGCUUUUUAAGAUGUUUGAUAGGGAUGGAAAUGGUUAUAUUACAGCUGCAGAAUUGGCUCAUUCUAUGGCUAAGCUUGGACAUGCUUUGACUGCUGAAGAACUUACUGGGAUGAUCAGAGAAGCUGAUACUGAUGGAGAUGGCAGGAUCAGCUAUCAGGAAUUCAUUCAGGCGAUUUCUUCGGCUGCUUUUGAUAACUCUUGGGCUUGAUAGUUGAAUCUCCUUUUGGCCCCUAUUCUUAGCAAAGUAGAUGGAAAUGAGUGUUGUUGACAAAUGAAGAAGAAGAGAAUUUCAGAUGCAGAGAUGGUUUUGUCGUGCUUGCAUCUUUAAUGUAUUGCUUCUAUAUGUGAUUAGGGCUGGCAAAAUCAACCCAACCCAACCCGUUUAAGUUUGGGUUGGGUAUUGACCCGUCCAUUCAUUAGCUAAACUCAUUUCAACCCAUAAAAAAUUGGGUUGAUAUGUUACCCGAAUUGACUCAUGAGAAAUUUUUAA